AUGCAAGCCAACGCGUCGACCUCGGCCGGGGAAGCGAUCCAAGCUGCUGCGGUCGUGGCAGAAGGAUUCGUCAAGGUCAGUCUAUUGUUCGGUCGGCUUAGAUGCGAGCCUCAACUAAUUCGAGACAUUCUCCUCUCGCAUAGGCUUACUACUCCGCCCAAGACCUCGAUCCUACCAAACGACCCGAAGCGGUGUGCAAGCUCUACCACCCAACAGCGAGGAUCACAUGGAACGGGAACCCGAUACCGGCGAGUGACCUGGCCGCUUUCGCGACGAGAUUACCGGUCAGCAAGCACGAGGUGCAGUCGUUCGAUUGUCAACCUGUUGCUGGUGCGUGCGUGGUGGGACUGGUACAUUCCAUGUGCUGAACGCAUGUGCUGAUUCUCCGGUGUUGUCCUCCCCUGCAGGCUCUACAUCGAUGGGACCCCCUUCUCUCGUUCUUUCCGUAACGGGUCAGGUCAGUAUCCGAGACAGAAGCCCGAACCGACGAUGCACUACUGAUUGCCCUCUCCUACACACCAGGUGACCCACGGAACCCACCCACCCAACACAGCGACACCUCACUCGAAGGACUACGACUGGUUACCGCGCGUGUUCUCGCAAGCGCUCAUCCUCGUUUGGGACCCGAUCGGCGAUCCUGCUGUGCCGCGUGAUCCUGGAUACCGGAUACAGGCCGAUUCGUUAAGAUUCGUUUGA